CAGCGGUGCGGCACCGCUACAAGACGCCCGGAAACAGCCUCGGCGUUUGUUACACGGCGCUCGGGGAGCCUCAAGCCGAGAGACGAGUCGAGACACGCAAGUGGUUGGUCUAUUUCUAUUGCAGUCAACCUUCAUAAAUAAUGAGAUUUGGUCCAAAGUAUAAUUUACUGGUAAUUUAUUUACUGCUUCUAUUCUCAUACUGAUGGAAGUACCGUACGGGAUAAGCUACAAUACUUCAGCCGCCAACCGGCACUAUAGGCGACACUUAACUUAUAGCGUGACGUUACGUACGAUGACCUACCCCUCUCCCUUGUUAAACGAGGCUGCCAGCUGGCAACUGGCAAUAAGUAAAUCACCAGCUUCCAAUCCGCAAGAUAUAUUGCACCACAUACAUCUCACUUUAUUUACCUUACCAAUAAUCCACUAUCAAUUUCCCCAUCAUGCCCCCGUAUAUCGUCUUUGGAGCCGGCGGCAUCGGCUCGACGCCGAAGUCCUUUACAUAUACCUGGGAUACGGCGGAGAAAGUUAAUGAAUUGCUCGACGCUCUCAAGGAUAUGGGAAUAUCCGAACUGGAUUGCGCUGCUGGCUAUCCCCCAACAAACCCACGACACGCGGAAACUCUGUUAGGCGAGAGUCAAGCAGCGAAGAAAGGUUUCAUCAUUGACACCAAGGUACUGCCUCACAAGGAUCGUAAGGAGGGUGGGAGUGGUAAGACUCUAGAUGCUGCAAACGCUGUUCCCAGUCUAGAUCGAUCUUUGGAACUUAUGGACGUCGAUAAGGUCCGCACUCUAUAUGCCCACUUUCACGACAAGAAUACACCCAUCGCCGAACAAGCCGAGACCUUUCAUAACCUAUAUAAAUCGGGCAAAGUUGAGCAGAUUGGCUUGUGCAACUAUCUAUUCAAGGAUUUGGAAGAAUACUUCCGUGUCUGCGAGGAGAAGGGCUUCACAAAGCCGGCAAUAUAUCAAGGCAACUACAAUGUACUUACCCGAAACCCGGAGCAACAGUUAAUCCCCCUUCUGAGGAAGCAUAAUUGCGUGUUUUAUGCUUACAGCCCACUAGCGGGAGGCUUCCUCACCGGUAAGGUGACAUUUACCUCCGAUGCCGACAAAGAACUUCAUCGCACAAGAUGGAAUGGCGAGAGCGCCAUGACUCCGUACGUAAUCGCAUACGACCGGCCCAAAAUGCACGAUGCCAUUCGAAACAUAGACGCCAUCUGCAAGGCUGCCGACCCGCCUGUAUCCAUCCAGGACGCCUGUCUACGUUGGCUCAUGCACCAUUCGGCGCUUCAAGAGGGUGAUGCCGUCAUCCUGGGUGCCAAGCGCAUAGACCAGCUUCAAUCCAAUGUCGAUGGUAUCCGUGGUGGUCCCUUAAGUGACGAUAUUGUCAAGGUGCUCGAUGCAGCGUUUGCAUCGGUUGACGACCCUGACAUGUUGUUUUAAUAUUAUAAUUUUGGUAAUGUGAUUAUUAAGAUAAUUUACAUGUCUUGCAGGCUCUACAUCUCCCAGUUCACAAUCUCGUCGCCAGCCAUCAGUUCGCCAUUUUCAAACCGGUAGUUCCUCUUGUAACCGCAGAACGCGUAGAUCCAUGCAGCAGCGCUCAGACCUAUGGCAUUAUCCUUUCCAGGACACUUAAUCUUGCCAUAAACCUCGAUUCCGGCAGCACCGAAGGCUAGACUGCCGCCUUUCUUGCAAGUCAUGGCCUGUGCGGCUGCCACAAUUGAGUCUUGUUCCUCCUCCUCUCCGUAAAUACGGAGGGCAUGGCCCUGCUGGGUAAUGCUGUAGCGAUCCUGACCAAAAUGAUGAACACCCAUGUGGGUGUUGCCAUCCUUGGUGUAACCUCCACGAUCUUUCGAUGCAACGUAGAAGUUCAAGGCGGUGCGAUUGUUGCCCUUGUAUUUCUCGGCAAACUCUUCAUUAGGCGCAAGGGUCUUAACGAAGUUGACACGGUCACCGUGUCGGUACACGUGAAUGGGGUAUUUGCAGUCGUUUCUGAUCCCGUAGGCAACGUCUGCUUGGGGACCGUCGGGGUCCUGCGCCAUUCGCUCAAGCGCCUUUCGCACUACGCUGGGGGCCUCGUCCGUGCUGUUGAAAUACUGGCCUGUGGCUGUAACAGAGGCCACAAGAGCAGCUAAGAGGAAUUGCGUGGCAAGCAUUUUUGUUUUAGAAAGAGUUCGCUGUGGCAGAUGCACCGAGAUUAACGAACACAAUCCCCGUCUCAGGUGGGCGAUGCCAACAACUUAUGUAGUCUUCGGUGAAAUGGACAGGCUAUCUACUCCGUUAAAAUUACCCUUAAAGUUUGUCUUUUUGAACCAAGAGGAAUUAUUUUCACGCAAACAUGUCGUCCACUACACCGGCUCUGUCUCGGCCAAAGAGGCUCCCUUAGCGGCUCGUGUCUUGCCGCCAAGCGCUGAGGUAGUAUUGCGCAGAGUUUAUUAGCUA